GCCGCAGCACACGGGGGUUUACUAGUGGCUCCGCCGGGCGGCAGAGCAGCGAAGAAGGCGCCAUGUCGCGGAGCAGCCCGCAGGAGGAGAAUUUGCAGGGUUCCUGGGUGGAACUCCACUUCAGCAGUAAUGGCAGUGGCAGCACUGUCACCCCCACCAGUCAGGAGCAGGUGCCAGCCUCCAUUUCCAUCCACAAUGGUGACAUGGAGAAGAUCCUGCUGGAUGCUCAGCAUGAGUCUGGGAGGAGCAGCUCAAGAGAAAGUUCACAUUGUGACAGCCCUCCUCGUUCCCAGACACCUCAGGACAGCCACAGAGCUCUGGAGCUAGAGAGCCACAGCAGUGGAGAGAAGAACAGCUUCCAGUCUGAAGAAGACUUUCUGGAAAGGAGGAAAGAAGUGGAGAGGCUGCUGAGGAGAAAUGCAGACUGGAUAUGGGACUGGUCCAGCAGGCCAGAGAAUAUCCCACCCAAGGAGUUCCUCUUCAAGCACCCCCGGCGCACAGCCACCCUCAGCAUGAGGAACACCAGUGUGAUGAAGAAAGGUGGGAUAUUCUCAGCCGAGUUCCUCAAGGUCUUUCUUCCAUCUCUGCUGCUUUCUCACAUCCUUGCCAUUGGCCUAGGGGUUUACAUUGGGAGGCGCCUCACGACCACGGCUUCCAGCAGCUCCUUUUGAAGGCACCUGGAGUUUGAAAGCACAGUAAUGCUGAGGACGUGACAGUAGGAGGCUCUUAGCUGUUCUGGCUUGGUGGGAAGGGCAGAGACAUUCAAGCUGAUGUAUCAUAGAAGUCUUCUGAGCUGGUUCAUCACGCUGCUUCCACAUCCCUGCUGCCGCUUCAUAGUGAGAGACCUUGGGGAACUCAAGGGAUGAGAAGCUUCACCCCAUCCCAGCUCUAGCCUAGCAGUUGUGACCCAGGCUGUGUUCCUCUGAGCUCCUGUGCUCCAUGGCUGUGAGCAGUCCUCACUGCUGCUGCUGCCACCACCACCACAAGGGACUAACCCAGAGCUACCUGUGGCCUUAGCUGUCAUGGAGGGGAGUCCAGAGGACUUUGGCCUCGCUCCAGGCAUCUCUCGCUUGUGUAGAUCAUGUAGAGUAGUCCAGAGGAGCUUCUGCCUCUCUCCAGGCAUCUCUUCCCUGUGUAGACUUUGCUCACCUCCCCUUCUCUUCCAUGGAAGAUGGGAAUGUUGGACACAGCUGGGAGAAACCAUCUGAGUGAAGCUUUUCUCAGGUGUCCCUAGUUCAGAGCAUGAACUAGUGAAAGGCAGGUUGAAACCUGGCUUUGGUGCCCCCCAAACAGCUUCUCCUGCAAAGAUGUUGACUUCAGAACGGUUC